GAUUGUAGAUUCGUCCUCGACUGGUGUAGAUAUUAUCAAUAGGUGAUAAUUAUUUUUAUAUGAUUUAGAUCAAUGUAAUUGUUGUUCAAAGUAUAAUUGAGUAAAUAGCAUACAAAUAAAAAUAGCAGAUAAAUAGAAUAUUUCAUUAAAAUGGGCAAUAGAUCAUCGUUACUAUUACGCGAAGAAGAAAUAGCUCAAAUUCAAACAGAAACUGGAUUUACACCAAAUCAAAUAGAAAGAUUAUAUUCGAGAUUCACCGCAUUGGAUAGAGGGGAUUGCGGCACUCUAAGUCGAGACGAUUUUCUACGUAUACCAGAAUUAGCGAUCAAUCCCCUUGGGGAGAGGAUAGUUAAUUCGUUUUUCCAAAGCGAUGAUUUCAAUGAUAGAGUUAAUUUUAGACAGUUUAUGCAAGUUCUUGCUCAUUUCAUACCAGUUAAGAAAAACAAAGAAAACAAAUUAAAUUCCAGAGAACAAAAAUUACGCUUUGCCUUUAAAAUGUACGAUCUUGAUAAUGACGAUAUGAUAUCCAAAGAUGAACUACUAGCUAUUUUACACAUGAUGGUCGGAACUAAUAUAAGCGAGGAGCAACUGAACAGUAUAGCUGAAAGAUCCAUUACUGAAGCCGAUGAAGAUGGUGAUCAGAUGAUCUCUUUUGAAGAGUUUUGUAAAGCAUUACAAAGGACAGAUGUUGAGCAGAAAAUGAGCAUACGAUUUUUGAACUAGUUUUGUUAUCAAGAUCAUUCUUAUGAUAACUACAUUAUUUGCAAGUUGGGCAGAUCUACAAAAAUUAUAAUUUCAUUUAAGACACCAGAAAAGUAAAAAAUAUUGUAUAUUUCAACAUAACUUCCUUUUAACUCUACCAUUCAACUGAAAACCCAAAAUAAAAUUUUUAAUACCUCGCAGAUGAUAAACAAGUCAAUAAAGUCGACCAACGUGUUCUACGUCAUAUUUCUAUGACCUACAAUGACUUUCUGAAGUCUUAUUGUUUAGGACGGUUUGAACUGAAUAACAAUAUACUAUAAUAGUGUAUGAUUUUGUUUCCAGCCGCCACUAGUGUGUAUUUAUGAUAUUAUUUUAAAAGAUUUACAUUUUGUUUUUAUUAUUUUGUAUAUUCUAUUUUUAUUUGUAAACUAUGACCUAUUUUGUAAUUUGAUAUAUUUAGUAAUAAUCAUAUAAUCCACAAAUUAUUUAAUUUAAAAUAAAAGUACAAUGUUGGAUGUUGCUAUGUGAUAUGUUCAGAAUGUAAUGAAAAUUUUAUUUUUUUCCAAAAACAUUCAUUUUUUCGUCUACUGAGUUUACACGUUUGAUCUUUGGAAUAGCUUUUAGCCCUUUGUACAUAGCUCUCUUAAUGUCAUCGUAUAUUUUUUGAAAAAGAAAAAGUUACAACCUGGUGAUGGUGUUCAUGCUUUUUAAUGUGAAAAUAUGUACAUAAAAACCUAGCAAGCACAGCAAAAUAUACAUUCAUCAAAAUUUUGUGAAUAUGCAAUGAUUUUUAAACACAAACCAUUUUGAAAUAUGACUCCCAAAUUCAAAUUCUUAAUAUAGGUACGCUUCAGCAAGUUAAUAUUUUUUUUUCAUGGAAAUUAAAUAGGAAUACAAAAAUUUAUAGUAGAUUAAACGAUUUAAGACAAAAUUAGAUCAACAUUCUUGGAUAUUUGAAAGUCCUGCUAACCUAACAUAACAAUUAAUCAGUUGGAAAUAUUUUUUACUAAGUCGGAUCUUAAUAUAUAAUAACCGUAAUGUUAUAAAAACAGACUAAUAUAAUAAUAAUAAUAAUAAAAUUCUUACCGUCAUAACAAUUCUUUUUCAUACCAAUCGUUCCACCCACGUAUAGAACGAGAAUUCUUCUAAAAUUUUCAAAAUCCAUGGUUUAUUCGUAUACUCGUAUCUACCUACCGCUCGCUAACUGGAUCUUAGAAUAAACAAGAUUAGUUCGAUGCUGUUAUCAACGAAUUGAAAGCAUUAAAAUGUUUACAAUUGUUAUCUUUCUUCGCGAUUUAUUAUUUCGAUGCAGUAGGGAUGCCAAUAUUGUGUAAUACAUUACAUUUGUGGAAAUUUUAAGCUUUCAGAAGGUGAUUACUUCGUUGUUUUUGUAAAUUUAUGUUGAUAACAUUUAUUACAAACUAGUUUGAAGAACUAAAAAUUUGAAUAAUUUGUAAGCAUUGUUUUGAUAUAAGUCAUUCUAUAAAGGAAACACAAGUUAACUGUCAAAUAAAGCACCGUUGCCUACUCCAAGUUGUGUAUACAAAAACAUAGAUUUCUACUAACUUGAAACUAUAUUUUCAAAAGCUAACAAAGUAAACUCGAGAUUUAUCGCCUUAAGACUAUUAUUUAGGAGGGUUUAAAAAGAGUAACGAUGUAUUUUUUUGUUAGUUCAAAAAAUUAUAAGAUUUAAGAAAAAGAA